GGCAGCCACGAGCAUGUGCAGCAGCUCACCAUACAACUAGUGCUGGACGGCAGACUCUACAAGAUCAGGCUGUUAAGAAACGAAGCUCUCUUGUCUGCUGGGAUAACUGUCAAACAUUAUGAGAAAGACAAUCAACAGAUCUUGACAAAA